AACAUAGAAAGCAGGGUGGGAAAGCACAGAAACUGAGAGGAGUUUGAUCGUAAAGUAGGAGGACGCUUGCGCGUAUCCCGGGCGGGCGCGGACAGUGCCACAGGAGCCCGGCACCAGGGUUCAUAGAGCUUCGCCCGGGUCGUCGCGACGCCGAGCACUCCCCCUGAAAUCUCGUUACGCUCGCGAGAGAGACUCAAGCAAUUAAGUUCCCGUUCGCCGCGAAAUCAGUACGCUCCGCUAGAAGAAAAUUUUUGCCGUUAAAAAAAAUAGAAGAAUUAUACUCUUCAAAAUAAAAAAAAAAAAACAAAAGUUGGGUGAAAUUUUUUUUUAAAUAAUUUUUUCCCCCCUCGUUAUUUUUCUUUUUUCGUUUCAAAAAAGAAGAUUCUCUCUAUUUUUCGACAAGUUGGGGGGAAAAAAAGGGGAGAGGAGAAUUUUGUCAAAGCGAACAACGAAGAGGGAAACGGAGAAAAAACAAGGCGCGAUUAUGUGACCGGUUUAAGAAGCCGGAACGUGAUCGCGAGCACAUGUUCCGGGAUGCACGAGGUCCCGUUUAAAAAGAAAAAAAAAAGAAUAACAAAAGUGUGCAAUUGAAUAAAUAUCAAAUGGAUUAUUUUAAGUUAAAAGAAGAGAAAGGAAGAAAUGGUGUGUAAUUGAAAAUUUUCUAUUGAAAUGUCAUCCUCGUCCAAUACGUCGUCGUGGUCGACAUUAUCACCAUGAGGACAUCCUCUUGUAUCAACUACUACGUUCUGUGCCUCGUUUUCUGGAUACUUUUGGGCAUAUCUGGAGUGAGUACGAGAUCGCAUACUAAAGUAAAAAGAAUGACUGGACUAUACACAGGGCCUUAUUUUGACUCAAGCAGUGCAACGAACAUAACGGCACAAUUGGGCACACGUGCUUUUCUACCCUGCAAAGUCCGUCAACUAGGCAAUAAAUCUGUAUCGUGGGUGAGGAAAAAGGAUUCUCACAUUUUGUCAGUGGACAGAGCAAUGUUCAUCGCUGACGAUAGGUUUCAGUCGAUAUUCGUCGAACAUGCGGACACAUGGAAACUACAAAUAAAAUACGUCCAGGCAAAAGACGAGGGCCAAUAUGAAUGUCAAAUUUCCACCGAACCAAAAAUGAGUCACAUUAUCAAAUUGAAUGUCGUUGUGCCAAAAAUCGAGAUCGAGAUCGAAUCAAAUAAAAUUGAAUUGAAUCGAGAAAAGUCCGAUGGAGAUAUGUAUGUAAAAAGUGGAAAUACAGUAACACUGCGAUGUGUAAUAAAGCAGUCACUUGAAAUACCUUCCUUCGUGUUCUGGUACCACGAAGGCGAUCGAGUGCCCCACUACGAUGCCGGCGAUAAAGUGCAAAUAUUAUCGAAACGUGUCGAUGGCAUUACUGACUUUAUCAGCAAUCUCAUCAUACCCAAUACGAGAAAGGAGGACUCAGGAAACUACACUUGCAGUCCAAAUAAUUUGGAUAGCGCCAGUGUUGUGCUCCACGUGCUGAAUGGUGAACAUCCAGCGGCAAUACAACGUGGAAAAAGCUCAAUUCCCGGUUGUUGUGAAGUACUCUGGUGGUUAGCAGGUGGAGUGACAUUAACUCAAAAUAACAGUAAACGACUUUUAAUUUUUGUGCUCACGGCAAUGAUGGUAGUUCUUACCCAAAGUUUUUUACCCUAUCCUGCAAGUGCAGUGCCACGAUAAUCAAGAAGCUUAAUUAAAAAAAAAAUUGCAUAUGAUAACUAUAUAUAUAUAAAAUAUUAUAUAUAUAUGUGUGUGUGAAUAAUUUAUCAAGUACAAUCGAAAUCUUAAAAAUUCGAGUGAUAGCUCUUUGCAGGACCUUUUGAAAUUUAAAAGAAAAGGGGUUCAAAAAAACUUUAAAUAUACAAUUUUUUUUCACGGACUACGGUAUUCAUGAGACUGGAAAUCACGUACUCAAAUGUAUCGUGCAACCUAGGACAAAACGCCUAAAAAAAAAAAAAUUUGGCGACAAUUAAUCAUAAAAAGAAAUAAAGAAAAUGAUGAUGAUGUGAAUGAGGAAUACAAAUGAUACGUCUAGAUAAUAUAAAAGUAUGAAAGAAAGAGAUAAAUGUAAAGAGGAAAAUAAAUAGAAGGCGUACACGAACAAAAAAAAGGGGUACCCUACUUCUGCCAUUAUAGUUACAAAUUAUAAUAAUGUGUUUUUAACUAAAUCUGCGUUGACGAUUUUCCUCGCGCUCGAUUUAAAACAUUGUUAAUAAAAAAAAAAAAAAAAACAGGGAACGAGAUGAAGAAAUGUAGUUUUUUUUAAAAAUGUUUAUAUUUAAUUAUAAAAUAUAUAAAUACAAGUAUUUAUAUAUUCUAUACUAAUCCUAAACUCCUUAAAGUACCGCAGAAUUUCUCAAUUACCAGAACUUUUAAUUUUUAUUAGAAAAUAAAUUUAAUAUAACAAUUUUUUAAUCUUUAAUAAAAUAACAUUGUUUUGUCGAAGAAUUCAGAAAAUGAAUAAAAAAUUUAAAAAAUGGUGUUACUUUGCUACCCCUACUGGGGAGUCUAGGAUUAAAAUUCUUGUUGACAAAUUUUUCUUCUCACAACAUUUCUGUCUCUAUGGUGCUUCUUUAUUCGAAUUUGUACAUAAUUUAUUUAUCAUGUUUGAAGAAGAAUAAAAUGACUCAUAUGAAAGAAAUUUAUUUGAAACGUUAAAAAAAUUUCCUUAAUUAUUUAUAAGUCGUGUUAA